CAUCUCACCCAUAUCUCCUCCACCGUAGCCCUCCUCCCUUCGCUCGCCCGCCGCCUACUCUUGUUCAGCUGCUAAUGCUGAAUCUCGCUCCUCAUUCCAGCCUGUCGCUGGCUUCGACGCUCGCAUUGUAGACUCUCCUCAACAUGCCGCGUCGCCGGCCUCCCGGCGAUGGCCUCGGCCUCAAGCCUGCCCUCCUCCACAUCCUCCUCCUCCUCCCAUGGAUCACGACGGCCGCUCAGCAGCAGCAACCGCCGCACCGCCAGUAUCGACGCUCUCCUCGCGAGGAUGCCCUCGCCGAUACUGUCACACCACCCAGCCACUCUCUACUGGACGACCACCAACUCCCCGUUUCGCGGAAGCGGACCCGAGCCGACGUCUUAGUACCCCAGAUUGAGCGCGCCAUUGCAACCUUGUCAUCGGCUCCAGCGUCUUCCAAUGCCGCUGUUCGAGCACCGCCUGCUGGAUCUGCUGCCCCCCCCUCGGGCGGUCUUACGCGACAUAGUGCGCGGUCUUUGCAGGAUUGGGAAGUCGAGGAUUUUGUCCUAUUGGCGACCGUUGAUGGACACAUACACGCUAGAGACAGAAAUACAGGCAAAGAAAUAUGGCACCUGGACGCUGGACGGCCCAUGGUGGAAACCAUCUACCACCAGAAGAACGACUCGGCCGACGAAAAUGGCCAGGACAUCCCGUUUAUGUGGGUUGUCGAGCCCUCCGAGAACGGAAGGCUCUACUACUUAGAGCCAGGUCCACAGCCAGCCCUGAAGAACCUACACCUCACAAUCCGGGAGCUCGAAGGUUCUUCGCCGUACUACAGUGAUAAUCCACCCGUCGUUUACAACGCGGAAAAGAAGACUAUCAUGUACCAAUUAGAUGCUCGCACUGGAAAAGUGCUAAAGUCAUUUGGACUGGGCGGAUCCGCCGACGUCAACGCUGAGAGUUGCGCGCCUCAAGUUACAGGCUUCGCUGACUCCCAUUUGCGAGAGUGCAAGGGCAAUCUCAAUAUAGGACGGACAGAAUAUACCAUCCGCAUCCAGAAUAUGGCAACCACCGAACCCAUCUGUACCAUCAAAUACUUUGAAUGGACGCCGAACAAUCGAGAUCGUGACCUCCACGGCCAGUAUUCGACAACAAUGGAUAACAAGUACAUAUACAGUAGAUUUGAUGGAGAGAUAUACGCUCUCGAUCAUUCCUCUAGGCGGCAGAUUGACGAUGAGAAACAUGUCUACAGGAAAAAGCUCGCAUCGCCUGUAGUACGCGUCUUCGAUGUAGCCCGGCCGUUCGAGAACUACGAUGACGACCCACCACUAAUAUUAUUACCGCAGCCUAUUGGUCCUGGAAGUAUCGAUGAUGCUGGUCAGAAUGUGUGGCUGAACUGCACUGAAAGUGGCAGCUGGUAUGCUAUGUCCGAGGAUAGAUAUCCUGCUGUUACAGACGGUGCCGCCAAAGCACUGUGCUACACUCCUCAGUGGAACCGAUAUGAGACAUGGGGAGGAGUUUAUGUCCUCCCUGAGAAAAAGGGUCUUGUUGGGGUUCAUUCGCUUGAAUUUGCUGGUCCGGGACGAGGAGAUGUGCCCACCAUAUCCGCUCCUCUUCAAGAACUUAAACCCAUAAUCGAUGAGCCUAUUUCGCCAGAAGUGCCUCGAGAAGAGCUGCGGAACGCGAUCGAGGAGAGGAAAAAGACCGCGCUCUGGCCAUGGCUCAUCACCAUUGUGGCCCUGCUUCUUGGUCUAGGCUCAUACGGCUUCGCAAAACCGGGCACUUUGGAUGUGUUCAAGAAGUCUAUUGCUAAUACUGAGAAACCUCUUCUUGUCCCUUCUUCAAUAGACGCAGAAGCGGUCCCCGUUCCAGAGGCACAUGCAGCAGACCCCGAUGAGCGACGUGUCAGAUUUGCGAUACCAGGAGAAGAGCCAGAUUUAGAGCCCCUAUCGAGGACAACGACAAUAGAAUCUUCGCCACCAAUCGAGGGAGAAGGCAUGACUCCAGAACUUCCAAGUCAGCGAGACAUCAAUGAUAAUGGAACCGACGUCACUGGCGAGACUACGAGUGCCCCGGACACAGCCAAGCCAAAGAAGAAGGCCCACAGAGGCUCUAGAGGAGGAAAGAAAAAGAAGAAGGGCCCCAAGGAAGAUGAUGAAAUUGGACGCAUUGUAGAAGCCGCGAAACAAUUGGAUCAAGACCAACCGUUGCAUCCCGAUGAGAUAACUAUUGAGGGUGGUAACGUCCAGGAUAUCUCGAACAUCAAGAAGAUUGGCAAAUUGACGAUUGAUUUCGACAAGGUCCUUGGCAAUGGUAGUGGAGGAACUUUUGUAUUUAACGGCAAGUGGAAUGAACGCGAUGUUGCGGUCAAACGCAUGCUUCCUCAGUACUUUGGUCUUGCCGAGCAGGAAGUCAAACUUCUGCAAGAGAGCGACCUUCAUCCUAAUGUCAUUCGCUACUUUGACGACGAAAAGGACGAACACUUCCUGUACAUCGCGGUAGAGCUGUGUCAAGCUAGCCUGUGGGAGCUGUACAGAGACGGCAGACCCGGCGACGAUCGGACUCCAGAACAGAUCGCUCUCUUUAACGAGAUCAACUCCGACGCUCCCAGAGCCCUGUAUCAGUUGGCGCUCGGCCUAAAUCAUCUACACAGCUUGAGAAUCAUACAUCGAGACGUCAAACCGCAGAAUAUUCUGAUCGCCUAUCCUCAAAGAAACCAGAAAUCGGGUCCUCGCUUGGUCAUUUCAGACUUCGGCCUUUGUAAGACUCUUCCAGAUAACGUCAGUACUCUCGUCGGAACAACCGGCAAUGCCGGUACAAUUGGCUGGAAAGCCCCGGAGUUGAUCCUGCAGCCCAAAGAGCUUGAAGCCCGCCAAAACUCUAACAACGGCCAUUCGAGGGAUUCGUCUAGCUCCACCGAUCCUGUCUCACAAGGAGUGAAACGUGCUGUCGACAUCUUCUCCUUGGGCUGCGUUUUCUUCUACGUCCUUAGCCAAGGCUCGCACCCCUUCGAUGAUGACGAAGGCUGGAUGCAGAUCCGCGAGCUCAACAUCAAGAAGAACAAAGCCAAUUUCACUCGCUUGGAAAACCUAGGGCACGAGUCGGAGGAAGCUAUUCGAUUGAUCGAAUGGAUGCUAGAGAACAAGCCCGAAGACCGCCCGACCGCGCUCCAAGUCAUGCAGCACCCGUUCUUCUGGUCUGCGGAGAAGCGACUCAACUUCCUGUGCGAUUGCUCAGAUCAUUGGGAGCGUGAGCCCCGUGAUCCGCCGUCUGCUCAGCUUCUGACCCUCGAGGCCUUCAUCCCUGAAGUACUCGACAAGAAGCGCGAUUUCCUAGGCAAGCUUGAUCGGGCUUUCAUUGCUAGUUUAGGCAAGCAGAGGAAGUACACAGGCGACCGCAUGCUAGACUUGCUGAGAGCGUUGAGGAAUAAGAAGAACCAUUAUGAGGACAUGGAUGAGACCGUGAAAGCGAAGGUCGGGCCGCUUCCGGCUGGGUAUCUAGAAUACUGGACCAGCAAGUUUCCGAAGCUACUAAUGGCGUGCCAUUACGCGGUGACGCAAUGUGGGUUGCAGAACGAGCCGAGGUUCAGACCUUAUUUUGAAGGGAGUGUUGGAUUGUAGUGUCGUGUACGACGGAGGAGCAUUAUUCUUGUUGCGUUUCGUAUCUAUCGUCUUGGAUAUAGUGUCAGGCGUGGAUUAUCUAUUCUCGUAUUUGGUUGUCUUAGACAUAGGCUCGGAAUAUCAAUUCUCAUACUCGAACCUACUUGUCACGAUGGUCCCCCUCGUGACAGAGCUCAUUCGGAGCACUUCGUAACAACUACCCGAGCAGUCGAAAACGGUCUCUGCUAGUACAAUAUUUCUUACCGACUAGCUUACUCCACUCUCCGCGCUGUCUGUCUCUCUGUAAGCACUUGUGGCAAAGGGGCGUGAUCUCGGAAGGCAGCAUCAGGGAGAUCACGAGAUAAGCGUGGAAGUCGAUCGCCGGGGCGAACCAUAUAUCAU